AUGAUUCGGGAACAUAAAGAAGAAAAUAUUACAAAUCUUAUUGAAUGGUUGUAUAGAGAAGCAAAUUUAAGAUCGAGAGGAAAACAAUUUAAUGCUAGUGAUAGUACUAAUCAAUCUAGUAGUCCUAAACCACCAAAAAUUAAUGCUGUUAACAGUUCCUACAAUAAACAAACUGAAAAUGCUCUUAGAAAUAAUUCUGAACAUACUAACAAUUCGAGAACUAAACAGACUGAAGAAGAUUCAUGCCCAUUAAAUUGUAAAACCCAUCACUACCUCUCGGAAUGUCCUGUUUAUCAAAAUUUAAGCGUCGAUGAACGAUGGGAAGUUGUUAAGCAGAAUAACCGUUGUCGAAAAUGUUUAAUGACCCAUCACACAAAUACGUGUAAAAAACCAGACGGGACAACAUGUAAACAAUGUACUAAACCCCAUCAUUAUUCAUUGCACAAUAACAGAAGAAAUUCCGAUAGUACUGUAAAUCAACAGUUUAGUCCGUUGACAUCUGAAAUUAAUAUAGAGAAAUUAGAGACACAAAUAGCAAUGUUCAAAAGAACGAUAAAAUAA